GUGGCUCCUAUCUGCAUCUGCUCAUCACAGUCUCUCUCUCUCUCUCUCUCUCUCUCUCUCUCUCUCUCUCUCUCUCUCUCUCUGCUGGCGCAGCUUGGUUACUUCUGCGUGGCUGACCCGGGUGGACCUUUUCGAGCGAGUGUGGGCGCAGAAGAAAGAGUCAGACAAAGAGUUAGCCCAUGCGAGCAGCGUGUGGACUGAGUGCAGCUGUUUCGUUCAGAGCAGAGCCCAACAUGUGAGAAGAUGUCUGUUGGAGGUUGUGCUUGUCCCGGCUGUUCGUCAAAGUCAUUCAAGCUGUACUCUCCUAAGGAGCCCCCCAACGGCGGCAGCUUCCCCCCCUUCCACCCAGGCGCUAUGCUGGACAGAGAUGUGGGGCCGACACCCAUGUACCCCCCAUCAUACAUGGAGCCUGGAAUGGGGAGACCCACACCGUACGGGAACCAAACAGAUUACCGGAUAUACGAGCUGAACAAAAGGCUACAGAAUUGGACAGAGGACUGUGACAAUCUCUGGUGGGAUGCCUUCACCACAGAGUUCUUUGAGGAUGACGCCAUGCUCACCAUCACCUUCUGUUUGGAGGAUGGACCCAAACGAUACACCAUCGGCAGGACUUUGAUCCCACGAUACUUUCGAAGUAUUUUUGAGGGUGGCGCCACCGAGCUGUUUUAUGUUUUGAAGCACCCGAAGGAGUCCUUCCACAGUAACUUUGUGUCUCUGGACUGCGACCAAUGCACCAUGGUCACCCAAAACGGCAAACCCAUGUUCACACAGGUUUGCGUGGAGGGCCGCCUGUACCUGGAGUUCAUGUUUGAUGACAUGAUGAGGAUCAAGACGUGGCACUUCAGCAUCAGACAACACAGAGAGGUCCUACCAAGGAGCAUUCUGGCUAUGCAUGAUCCGCAAAUGCUCGAUCAGCUGGCUAAAAAUAUCACCAGAUGUGGGCUGUCCAACUCCACACUCAACUACCUCCGUCUAUGUGUGAUAUUGGAGCCCAUGCAAGAGUUGAUGUCAAGGCAUAAGACCUACAGCUUGAGCCCCAGAGACUGCCUGAAGACUUGCCUCUUCCAAAAGUGGCAAAGAAUGGUAGCACCUCCAGCCGAGCCAGCCAGACAAGCUCCAAACAAGCGGCGGAAACGGAAGGUGUCCGGUGGAAGCACCGUGAGCUCCGGCGCAGGCAGCAAUAACAACAGCAACAGCAAAAAGAAGAGUCCAGCCAACAGCUUCUCUCUCUCCAACCAGGUACCUGACCUGGUUGGAACAAAAACCUGUACAGUGCCGGAGCUUGAGGACCGGAGUUGAGAACCACUACGCUAAAUCUUAAACACACACACACACGCAUACACACAAACACUGAUACAUACAUGCACACACACACACUCACCUACACCUGCAGCAUAAAACAUUGAGGUACUGGAGAGAGGUGGUACGCAGCAUGUCUGGACCAGAGCGUCAGAUGCUACAGAAGUGUGUUUUCAUUUUCUAUGUGUUCGACUUGUUUUGAAUUGUUUUUAUUUUUGUAAACAAUUUCUAAAAAAUAAACAGACAAGCAAGCAAACAAAAACACCCCAGAAUAUUCUUUGCACUGUUUUCCACGAUUAACUCCAAUCUAUUUUUGUUAUGAAUUGACGGUGUAUUUUGUUUUUCCUAUUAUUGCUAAUGUAAGAGCUGUAAAACAUCUGAAACCUGCAGUAUAUUAAUGUAUACGUAUCGCUGUUAGAUCAUUCUUCUUGUGACGGUAAUAACUUCCAUGUAAGUCUACGCUUAAUAUAAUGUCGUCCAUCCGUGUCAGCCGUCGGCAGGUCCAUCCGCUUCAGUGCUAGAAAACCAGUUGGGAAGAACAGGGCUGGUGUGUUUUUAACGUCCUCCAUCUUGUUUGAUGCGAGUACAAAGCAGCACGCUGUAAACUCUUCUCCCCGCUAGUUCUCCAUCCUGGAUCUGUUGACUUGUCAUUGCAGAACUGUUUUGCUUUGUCUUGAAAUCUCUUAUCUGGGGGACCUCUCUUCAGAGAACAUAACAGAAAACGUCUCAAAUUUGCUACUCAAAAAUAUUUUAAAAACAAGUUUUGACAGGAUUGUAAAAUAGGAAGAAAAAAAAAAAAGACUUUUGUAUUAACUUAAGUUUCCCAGAAAUGUUUGUAAUCGCAAUUAAGAAAGCUGCAGACCAAGGAGCUACAUGUAAAGAUUCUUCAGAUAUUGAUUACACUGCGCUGUUUGUUUUUAUGACCAAUCAUUUUGUUGGCUUUACUCCUCAUAUUUGUGUCUGUGCUUGUAUAUUUUUAGGUAGUCAUUUCUGUAAAAGUCAUUCUAUGUAUUCCUCCCUAGUAUUAUGAGAAACUCAAUCUAAUGUAAAGAGAUUAAAAUCCUCUUCUUUUUUUUUUUUUUUUACGUGAUUAUUAAUGGUACAAUCACUGAUAAAAAGAAUUUUGCCCUCAUUUUAGCAAACUGUAUUUAUUUUUCUAUGUAUUGACAUUCUGUUUAGGUCCAACCCACCUGUACUAUACUCAUGAUAUAUGUAGAAGUUUGUUGGGCUGCUGAGUCAGUUAACGCUAAUACCGGCCAUUCCAUCACACGUGUGUGUGUGUGUGUGUGUUUUUUUUUUUUUUUUGACAUGUGGCUCCCAGUUCUGGCCGGUUCAACUUGUCAGCUGAACUGAAAAUCAAUAAAUAACCACAUUUAGAGAAAGUAUUGAACUCUAAGUUAGCCUUAUUUUUCCGUUAUGUCGCUCAAUUUUAAGGUGAGUGGUCCUGAUAAAGAGCCUGGAGUCCAUAGAUGCUGGGAUUGUUCCACAAUGGAGCAGUCCUCACUGAAACUUGAUCAGAUUUACCUAAACCCUCUGAUGUUUUGUUGGAUUUUUUUUUUUUUUUUCCAGAUACAUUUCAAAUCUGUAACCAAUGAGUGAAAAAAAAUGCAAAAGUAAAUUUUUCUUUCAUGAAAUUAUGCUGACCAUUGACAUGACACCUUAUGCUGAGGAGGGGACCCUCUAAGCUUGACCUCUUCCUGUUUACUCAUCACCCAGCUCUUGGAUAGGAAUUUCCAAACUCACCCAGCAGGGGUCUCCUAGAGCACCAGGACAGACUGAGCUGUCAGAAAUCCUCCACCAUUAUAUCUGACAGAAAUGCUGUUUGUAAAUCUACACCGAGCUGCAGGCUAUUGUUUCUAAGCCCUUACUUAUCGUCUCUUGCGGCCCUAUAGUGUAUCUACUCAGCAGGCCGACGCAGAAUCAAUCUGGGGGGAACUUUUCAACACCCUGUGUUUCCUAAGUUGACAUCAUUUAGGGAAUAGGGGUUUGUGAAAUGUGAGACAAAGCUGAAAUGGCAAUUCACCAAUAGCUGGCUCCUGUAGCACCUCACCAUAGGGGUGAUUUUAUAUCUAUAUUUUUUGCCAGGUUUCUGUCAUUGAUAAUUCAUGUAUGGUAUCAAUAAAGAUGAAUUUUCACUGAAAAA